UUGACAUUGAAACAGAAUUAAUUGUUUUAAAUUGCUCUCACUUUGAUACCAUUAUCUCACCUUGGCCGUUGAAACUACGAAAUUUAAAUAAAAUGUUAUUAAAAAUGAAGGAUAAAAAAGGGAGAAGUAGAAUGCAAUGUCUCAAAGCAGGAUGUGAUUGUGAUGAAUACACAAAAGAGAAAGGUUUUGAUUUGUGUGCCUAUUGUGAUCAUGCACCAGUUUUGCAUAAAGUGGAAGACAAUUUGAAUCUUGUUGAAGAUAUUGAGUCAGCUCAUUUCUCUAAGAGCAAUGCAAUACUAAACACGUUAUCCACCUCUCUCAGUAUGUCAAGCGUGUUAUUUGAACCCCAAAACUGUAAGAAAGAAAACGGAUAUGCUAACUUUGAAUCAGCUACUUUGAGCCGAAGUGAAAUAGACUUCAUUUUGGACAAUAACAAGGUAACAAGCCCAUUGAAGAAAGAGUGUAUACAACAAGCUAAGCCAUUUCAAGAUACAAGCUGGUAAAAUAGUUUUUGCAUCAAAAACUGUACUUCAU